AUGUCGAGCGCCCUCAUGAAGCAGCCCCCCAUUCAUUGCACGGCGGGGGCCGUCCCAGUUCGCAAUGAGAAAGGGGACAUUUCAAUGGAGAAAGUGAAGGUGAAACGGUAUAUGUCCGGGAAGAGGCCAGACUAUGCGCCUAUGGAGUCCUCAGAUGAGGAGGAUGGAGAAUUUCAGUUCAUCAAGAAAGCCAAGGAGCAAGAAGCAGAACCUGAGGAACAGGAAGAGGAUUCACCUAGUGAUCCCCGCCUUCGGCGUUUAUACAACUGCAUCAAUGAAGAUGUUGAAGAAAGGUUGGCCCGGCAUAGGAAGAUAGUAGAGCCUGAAGCGGUGGGAGAAAGUGAUUCUGAAGUAGAAGGAGAUGCGAGGCGAAUGGAGCGAGAGGACAGUAGUGAGGAAGAAAUUGGUGAGGAGGAAAUUGAGUGGCGGCGUGGCAUGAUGCGUCAACGAGCACAGGAGAGGAAAAAUGAGGAAAUGGAAGUCAUGGAAGUGGAGGAUGAAGGGCAUUCUGGUGAAGAAUCAGAAUCAGAAUCCGAGUCCGAGUAUGAAGAAUAUACUGAUAGUGAGGAUGAAAUGGAACCUCGCCUCAAGCCAGUCUUCAUUCGGAAGAAGGACCGGGUAACAGUUCGAGAGCGUGAGGCAGAAGCACUGAAACAAAAGGAGUUGGAGCAGGAAGCAAAACGUCUGGCUGAGGAGAGGCGCAAGUACACACUCAAGAUCGUGGAAGAGGAGACAAAGAAGGAACUGAAGGAAAAUAAACGUUCCCUCGCUGCCCUAGAUGCACUCAAUACAGAUGACGAGAACGAUGAGGAGGAAUAUGAGGCAUGGAAAGUUCGGGAACUAAAACGAAUCAAACGGGACAGAGAGGAUCGAGGAGCCAUGGAGAAGGAGAAAGCAGAGAUUGAAAGAAUGCGAAACCUGACAGAAGAGGAAAGACGAGCUGAACUCCGAGCAAACGGCAAAGUUAUCACCAACAAAGCUGUCAAGGGCAAAUACAAGUUCUUGCAGAAGUACUAUCACCGGGGUGCUUUCUUCAUGGAGGAAGAUGAGGAAGUAUACAAGAGAGAUUUCAGUGCUCCCACCCUGGAGGAUCAUUUCAAUAAGACUACUCUCCCAAAAGUUAUGCAGGUCAAGAACUUUGGACGGUCAGGCAGAACCAAAUACACCCACCUUGUGGAUCAAGAUACCACGUCCUUUGAUUCAGCUUGGAGUCAAGAGAAUGCCCAAAAUACCAAAUUCUUCAAGCAAAAAGCAGCUGGGGUACGAGAUGUAUUUGAGAGGCCAUCUGCCAAGAAGAGGAAAACUACUUAG